CCCGAGCGGUGUUCACAUCGAUCGCGAGCGCGUAGCGAUUGCUUCUGUCUGUUGUUUAGGUAUGGCGCCGGCGACGAAGCUGAGAGGCGGCGGGAACCCGGGCGGGGGUCUCGCUCUGUGCUGACGGCGACUCAGGGCAGAUUGGGCUAUGGAGGAGCGCGGCUCGUUGGUCACGGGAGACCGCGCCGGUGGCCGAAGCUGGUGCUUGCGGCGGGUAGGGAUGAACGCCGAGUGGCUGCUGCUGGAGGACGGAAACGAGGUGACGAUAGGGCGAGGAUUUGGUGUCACAUACCAGCUGGUAUCAAAAAUCUGCCCUCUGAUGAUUUCCCGAAACCACUGUGUUUUGAAGCAGAAUGUCGAGGGCCAGUGGACAAUUAUGGACAAUAAGAGUCUGAAUGGUGUUUGGCUGAACAGAGAACGUCUAGAACCUUUAAAGGUCUAUUCUAUCCAUAAGGGAGACCACAUCCAGCUCGGAGUACCUCUGGAGAAUAAGGAGAAUGCAGAGUAUGAAUAUGAUGUUACUGAAGAAGACCGGGAGAGGAUGUAUCCUUGUCUUGCCCCAAAGAAUGACCAGAUGACAGGAAAAAAUAGGGGAUUGAGAACUAAAAGGAAAUUUAGUUUGGAUGAAUUAGAGGGUCCUGGAGCUGAAGGCCCCUCAAAUUUGAAAUCCAAAAUAAGUAAAGUAUCUUGCGAACCUGGUCAGCCAGUGAAGUCUCAUGGGAAAGGUGAAGUGGCCAGUCAACCCGGUGAAUAUUUGGAUCCUAAGUUGACUUCUGUUGAGCCAAGUGAGAAGGCCACAGAGGCUCAUGUUCACUCUGGUUCUGCAAAAGUCAUAGAGCUUCAUCAUAAGAAGCAGAAAGCCUCAAACCCUUCAGUAUCUCAGAGCAGCUUGGAGCUGUUCAAGGUGACCAUGUCCAGGAUUCUGAAGCUGAAAACACAAAUGCAGGAAAAACAGGUAGCUGUCCUGAAGGUGAAAAAGCAAACCCAAAAGGGGAACUCAAAGAAAAUUGUGAAAAUGGAGCAGGAGCUACAGGACUUACAGUCUCAGCUGUGUGCAGAGCAGGCCCAGCAACAGGCCAGAGUGGAGCAGCUAGAGAAGACUUUCCAGGAAGAGGAACAGCAUCUCCAGGGUUUGGAGAAGGAGCAAGGAGAAGAGGACCUGAAGCAACAGCUGGCCCAGGCUCUGCAGGAGCAUCGGGCUCUAAUGGAAGAACUAAAUCGCAGCAAGAAGGACUUUGAAGCAAUCAUUCAAGCCAAGAACAAAGAAUUGGAACAGACCAAGGAAGAGAAGGAGAAGGUGCAGGCACAGAAGGAAGAAGUGCUUAGCCAUGUGAAUGACGUGCUAGAGAAUGAGCUCCAGUGUAUUAUUUGCUCCGAAUACUUCAUUGAGGCUGUCACCUUGAACUGUGCCCACAGUUUCUGCUCUUACUGUAUCAAUGAGUGGAUGAAGCGGAAGGUAGAAUGCCCCAUUUGUCGGAAGGACAUCAAGUCCAAAACCCACUCCCUGGUUCUGGAUAAUUGCAUUAAUAAGAUGGUAGAUAAUCUGAGCUCAGAAGUGAAAGAACGACGAAUUGUCCUCAUUAGGGAACGAAAAGCAAAGAGACUGUCCUGAAGACCACGCUCCAGGGGCGUUCAAGGGAUUUGAUUGCCAGACAAUGGGAGCUUGUAUGGUCUGGAGGAUUAUCUGUGGCCAGGUCUUGGGCUGCUCUGAGAUAGAGCAUGGGAUGGAGCCACGUGGGACAGAGACUGAGUUAGGAAGUCCUCCUCAUGAGCCUCCGUGUUGGCCGGCCACGCUGCCAUCGCUGUCUGAGGCCGUGCUGGUACUCCCCACGAGGGCUGCUUCCGGGUACUUGAUAGACUGCUUCACUGUGUGUUGAAUGGGUUAUGUAUUUCUGUUCUGCUUUUUAAAUUUAUUGUUUUUGUUAUCAUUUGGGUACCUCAGAAGCACGUCAGUUGACAUUUGUUUUGGACAGGUUGGGUGUAACCCCUACGGCUGCCCCUAAAAGCCAAGGCAGCCUCCCUUGGAGAGGAUGGCCUGCCUCUUUGUGAAAACAAGAUGUCAUUUCCUGGAAAUAAAAUGUAAAGCCUAUCGGUUGCUCA